AUAAAAUAAAUAAUAGAAAAUGUAUAACUAUCAAUAAUAAACAGGUCCUGGAAGAUUGAUUUUCAACAACCUAAAACCUUUGGCUGCUGUUAAAUAUUUGAAUCAAAACAGUCUUAAGUCCAUCAUCUAUCCCUUGAGGAAACCUAAACCCCCUGUCCCUACUAAUACCAUGUUCAGGAAUCUACCCUCAAAGGGAGAUUUAUUUUACGAUCCAAUCAAUCAUGAGGGAGGUCAACCUUUGUGCACUAUGUCAAUGUCAGAUUACAAGGAAGAUGGAACAUGUCCAAAUUGCAAUAAAAAAUGUACUUGUUAUUAUGCAUUAACAAGACCCCAUUAACUAAUGGUAUUACGAUCUCUCACUUUCGAUGGUAAUCCUGUAAUUUAGGAACAACCAAAACAAAAAGGAUAUCAUAGAAUGUGUCAAGUUUUACGAUGAUGGAGAAUAUGAAAUACUAUAUAAUGAUUAUUAGGAAGCACAAGAGACGGACCAAUACUUAAACAACGACCCUAUUAUAGAUGAGUUGAUUGGAGUCCAAAAGGAAAUCUUGCAAAAAGUUGGAAACAAUCAAAAUGUCAUUCUAGAACAAAGUCCAGAUCUGAUCGAGAAUUUCACCAAAAUCAUAGAGAGUGCCUUAUAAUAAUGAUAGAUAUAUAUCAAAAAA